AUGAUCUCCUUUGUUCAAAGGCUCGAAAUUAUAACUUUUUGUAAAUAUAUUGACUUAUUAAGUUGCAGACUGCAAAUUAUUAAUAAAUAUUUAAAAACCUUUGUUGAUGAACAAAAUAGAAAAUCCGUUACAGUUUUUACAAUGGAAAGCAAAACUAUUAGAACAAAAGAGACGGUCAAUUUUAUUGGCAAUGCAUCUGAGAGUAAUACUAAAAUACGCGAUCUGGCUCAGAUGUAUGGCAUGAUCGCACAUACCUGUGAACGAUUACUCUCAGUGCGCAACGAAACAAAAAUUCUGGUAAACAAAAUCAUCAUGAACUAUGAUCUGCCGACGACAAUGAGAGAUCAAGCUAAAGCGUUCAUGGAACUUGUAGAGGCCUGGCCGUUGCAUAUCCACAUUUACGAUAUGUUCUCAGUGGACAUAACACUGAUGUUAAAAUUCAUAAGUGUGGCUACAACUUACUUUAUUGUAGUCAUUCAAAGCACAAUUCUUGUGAACAAAAUCAUCAUGAACUAUGAUCUGCCGACGACAAUGAGAGAUCAAGCUAAAGCGUUCAUGCAACUCGUGGAGGCGUGGCCGUUGCGUAUCCACAUUUACGAUAUGUUCUCAGUAGACAUAACACGGAGUUAA